AAAGGUAGCUGUGCUUGUCGCUAUACACGAAGCAAUCACUCGGAACCCGGAUUACGACGGUUUGCGGUGCAAGAUGUAGUAACUGACGUGACCUCGGGAAGAUAUGAGGUGUCUGGGGCGAGAAAUUUCACAAGAGGCUUCUCAGCGAGAUCUCACCAACAUCCGAAGUCAUCGAUUACCGCCGGUUAUCGUUCACUCAUCAGAAACAAGACCCCGGCCACUGAAGAUUUACCCCACACGCGCGGGAACCCGCUGCCCUUACGCUUAUCUGGCCUGCUCGUUCUUAUCUAGUGGGGUACUACUUCACAACACAGCUUGUCAUCGCCUUUCCUUGACUGGUCUUUGGGCUGGAGAAGAGGAGGUCGUGGCUAUGAAGUCUUCUUCAUCAGGAAUACCGGCCUGGAAAUUUCAUGGUAUCAAUGACGAACUUUCAAGCUCAAGCUUCUCCCAAUAUCAACCUAAGUUCCCCAUCUGUGUUUUUAGUUCCAUCUUCCAGGAACGGUGUGGUUUGUCCUGCUUAAUUUCAUGUGAUGUAACCCGACGCCCGUCUUGAGCCAAGAAAGUGCGUAGCGUCUAGAUCAGCUGCAGGGUCUUGAGCUCCCGAUACUUAAAACGUCCGAAUUCCAAUAACUUCCUGACGAACCUAUUAUCAUCAGUCUUACUG